AUGACCGCAGAAAAAAGUUCACGUUUUGUGAUUCUUUAUGCUUCUCAAACUGGGAACUCUGAAUGGAUCGCUAAAAAUAUACACCAAGAAGCCUUAGAACGUGGUUUUGUUAACGAGUGUCAUGGGAUGGAAGAACAUGACAAGGUUGAUUUAUCAAAGGAAAAUAUUUUGAUCCUUGUUUCAUCUAAUACUGGAGAUGGUGAUCCGCCCGAGAAUGCUACUAAUUUCUUUCGGUUUAUGAGAAAGAUUAAAUCAAAUACCUUUUUAAGUCACUUACAAUUUGCAAUUCUUGGUUUGGGCGACACAAAUUACACGAAUUUCAACAACACGGCAAAGCGAUUGGAGAAAAAAUUGUUGGAAUUAGGCGCCACGCCUUUUUAUGAGAAAGGUUUGGCCGAUGAUGCGAUGGGCUUGGAAGCAACCGUUGAUCCUUGGAUCGAGAAAUUAUGGCCGGCUUUAGCUAAAGUAUGUGUUCAAAAGGGAAAGAACAACAAUAAUGCUCAUGACGAAAAUAUCGUUGAAUCCGUAAAGAAUCUUUCGGUGAAUGAUAAGUCCGAUAACAAUGAUUUGUCAUUACCUUUGAAACUUCCAAAUGAACUUUCAGUUGAUGAAAAGAUGAAUUUUGUGAUCGGUACAAAAAUUACGUUUGAAUUAUCGGAAUUGGCUAAAGCCGAAACACUCACGGCUUUACCACGUAUUCCUACCGUGAUUUGCAAAAUUGUAAAAUCAAAUAAGAAAGAGUCCAUCAACCCUGCGUCAUUACCUCCUUUUAUUAAUACAUCAACUCCGAUUGUGAAUGCUAGAUUAGAUACGGUUCGUUGUCUCACUCAUCCUGAUGCUCUCAAGAGGACGAUUCAUUUGGAAUUGGACAUUAAAGAUUAUAAGGAGAAAUUGGAAUUUGUUCCCGGCGAUUCCAUUGGAAUAAUUGCACCUAAUAAUAAGAAGUUGGUGUUGGAAAUUUUAAAAACUUUGGAAAUUGGUGAAAACGAGGCUAAUCAGGAAAUUUCAAUUGAGAGUCUUGAAGGAACUGUGCUUCCAUCACAUCUAAGAAAUGCUCAGACGACUUCAAUUAUGGAAUUAUUUCGAUAUGGUGUGGAUUUGACCUCUUUACCACGUAAAGCGUUGUUGAGAUUGAUGGCCGAGUAUACGACGGACGAAGAAGAGAGGAAAACUUUAUUAUUCCUCUGCAGUAAACAAGGAGCUGACCAGUUUAAUCGUUUACGUCACCAAAUUCCAACUUUGCUUGAUUUAUUGGUUACCUUUCCUUCGUGUAAACCACCCGUGGAGCGUUUAUUUGACGUUCUACCGUCUCACCAACCUCGUUAUUAUUCUAUCGCUAAUUCUCCUCUUGUGAAUCGCGAUUCAUUUCAUAUUGCCUUUAACAUUGUAGAUUAUAAAACACCGGACCCUUAUGGUGUGCGCAAAUUUGGAGUUUGUACCCCAUGGCUGGAUAAUUUGAGUGGUCACGUUAACGAAUGGAAUAAAAGGUUUCCUUUGACCACAAAGGUAGACAUCCCUAUUUUCAUGAAACAAAACACUUACGGAUUUGCUGUUCCUUCAGAUAUUUCAAGACCUAUGAUCAUGAUCGGUCCUGGAACGGGUGUUGCACCUUUUAUCGGAUUUAUUCAACAUCGUGAACAGCAAAUUAUUGCUGAAAGACGAUCAGAUAAUAUUGAGAAAUCGUUGGGGGAGAUGUGGUUAUUUUAUGGGUGCAGAGAUAUUGAAAAGGACCAUUUGUAUCGUGAGGAAUUGGAAGGAUUUUUAAAACGUGGUAUUCUAAAAGAAUUAUUAGUUGCAACUAGUAGAGCACCAGACGCUGGAUUAAAUGGAAAUCCAAAGUAUGUCCAAGAUUUGUUGAGAAAGAGAGGUCAAGAAUUGUACGAAUUGUUGGAUCGAAAAGAUGCGAUGAUUUUUGUGUAUGCUCAAGGUAUGGCCAAGGACGUUAAUGAUGCUCUAGCCGAUAUUUUAGUUGAGUAUGGUAACAUGCAAAGAUCAGAUUCGUUGAAAUUGUUGGCUAAAUGGAUGAACGAUAAGCGUUAUUUACGAGAUUUGUGGUCUUGA